AUGGACCUCGACACCUUUCGGAGGUCUUUGAAGGAGGAGUACUUCGACUCGUCCGCCGUCUUCGCCGCCAAGGUGGUCUCUCCCGAGCUGGAGGGCGACUCGGCGGAGCCCGCCCCUGCUCUCCGCGCGCUGGCUGUGCUCAUGUUCUUCAAGGUGGUCCGCGCGGUCCGUCACUGCAAGAAGGCGCGCGAACUCGGCCAGCUUUCUUCGGGCCAGCUCCUUUGGCGGUGCUGCGAGAACCACUCCAACGGGCACUUCUUCCAGUCCCCGCAAGAUUUCGUCCGGUCGGGGCACGUGCACGCAUUCUUGCACUUCUUGGUGUACAUGAAGAUGAACGAGCAGAUCGAGACCAUCGUCCACGCGCUCGGGGCCCUCCACGAGAUCGCCCACGCCACCGUCUUCCGCUGGGAGAAGAAGUGCCACGAGACCAUCGUCCACGCGCUCGGGGCCCUCCACGAGAUCGCCCACGCCACCGUUUUCCGCUGGGAGAAGAAGUGCCACGAGGCCGGCAUCGGGCGUCUCGGCAGCAUGGCUGGGCCGCGCGGCAACGAGAAAACCGGCAAGUGGGGGGCGACCGCGGACAAGCGGUCGCAAAACAGGCGGUUGUGGUUCGGCGUUCAGACUGGUGGCGAGAGGAAACGCUCCCACAAGGACGGAACCAAGCGGGUCGCCGGCGAGGUGCUUGACCACCCGAACGCCGCCAAGGAGCAGAAACCACGCGGGGGCGAGGCACUUGCCGAGGUGUUCCAGCGCCGUCUGACCCCGCACACGAAGGUGGUGAGCGACGGGUGGCUCGGCGCGGAGUCGGCGACGAAGCGCGCUGGCGUCAAGCGCGGGGGCUCUUGCAACCACGGCAAGAAGUUCCGCAACGAGAAGACCGGCUUCCACUCGAACGAUGCUGAAUCGGAGGUGGCCUGGCACCGCCGGUGGGCUCGGUCCAAGUGGACCAUGCGCCGCACUUUGAUCAAGAAGGACCAGUCUGCCAAGCAGUCUGCCGCUGCCGGCCAGGUUGCGGAACACGUGUGGCAGACCAACGCGGGCGACCACAUGUACUCGAGCAUGUCCCAGGCCCUGCAGGCGUUCACCGAGUUCGCUGGCGUGGGCACCUGGGCUCCUUGCUCGCUGGGGUAG